CGGCGGCGACGAGUACGAGGUCUCGGAGGAGAGCCGCCUCGCCCGGGAGCGGCAGGAGAAGGCCGUGCAGGAGCUCCUCAUGAAGCGCCGCGCCUACGCCAUGGCCGUGCCCACCAACGACUCCGCCGUGCGCGCCCGCCUCCGCCGCCUCGGCGAGCCCGUCACCCUCUUCGGCGAGCGCGAGAUGGAGCGCCGCGACCGCCUCCGCUCCCUCAUGGUGCGCCUCGAGGCCGAGGGCCAGCUCGACCGCCUCCUCAAGGCCCACGACGACGACCAGGCCACCUCCGCCUCCGCCGCCGCCGCCGCCGCCGCCCAGGAGGAGGACGCCGAGGCCGCGCUCAUCCAGUAUCCCUUCUACACCGAGGGCCCGCGGGAGCUCCUCAAGGCGAGGAUCGCGCGGGCGAGGAGGAGAAGGGACGAUCCCGACGAGGAUGCCGAGGCAGAGGCCGAGCUCGUUGUUAAGCAGGCCGGCGGAUUCGUUCUCGAAUGCAGUGAAAUCGGGGACGACCGGCCGCUCUCCGGUUGCUCGUUCUCGCGCGACGGGUCGCUGCUAGCCACAAGUGCUUGGAGUGGCAUUACUAAAAUAUGGAGCAUGCCACAUGUAACCAAAGUUGCGACCCUAAAGGGGCAUACAGAACGUGCAACUGAUGUAGCAUUCUCUCCGGUGGAUAACUGUUUAGCAACUGCAUCGGCAGAUAGAACUGCAAAAUUGUGGAACACUGAAGGCUCUCUUUUAAGAUCGUUCGAUGGUCAUCUGGAUCGGCUGGCGCGCAUAGCAUUCCAUCCAUCUGGGAAGUAUUUAGGAACAGCUAGCUUUGACAAGACAUGGAGGCUGUGGGACAUUAAUACUGGAAAAGAGUUGCUUCUUCAAGAGGGGCACAGUAGAAGUGUCUAUGGGAUUACUUUCCACCCUGAUGGAUCUUUAGCCGCAACGUGUGGUCUCGACGCUCUUGCCCGUGUGUGGGAUUUGCGUUCUGGAAGAAGCAUCCUUGCUUUCGAGGGGCAUGUUAAACCUGUCCUCGCAGUCAGCUUUUCUCCUAAUGGCUAUCACUUAGCUACAGGAAGUGAGGAUGAUUUUUGUCGAAUAUGGGACUUGAGAAAACGAAAAAUUGUCUAUUCCAUACCAGCACAUAAAAACCUUAUCUCGCAAGUGAAGUUUGAACCCCAGGAAGGUCAUUUCCUGGCUACUUCUUCAUAUGACACUAAAGCAGCGCUCUGGUCAGCGAAAGAUUUUAAACCAAUCAAAGCAUUAGCUGGGCAUGAAGCCAAAGUUACAAGUUUGGAUAUUACCGGAGAUGGACAAAGUAU